UACAAUGCACGCCUAUGUGGAGGACGAAGGUCUGUAGCUUGUGCCGCUAAUUUUCGAUAAUAGUUCGUGUAAAAUGCCGUGUUUUUGACGCUUUUCUACAAAGAAUGAAGGACAUACAAGUCGGAUAAGAAGCGGUUUUUGUUGAACAUCGAUAAGUAAGAGUGAACAGUCUAUUGGAAGGAUGGAGACUCUGAUUCCCACCAUCAACCGGCUGCAGGAAGUCUUUCUCACUGUGGGCGCAGAGAUCGUACAACUACCUCAGAUAGUCGUGGUUGGAUCUCAGAGCAGUGGAAAGAGCUCUGUGCUGGAGAGCCUGGUUGGACGGGAUUUCUUGCCUCGGGGAUCAGGAAUAGUCACAAGACGACCCCUGGUGUUGCAGCUGGUUAAUGUUGCCCCACCGCAGGAGAGGCUGAAAACUGAGAAUGGAAAUGGGGUAAAACAAAAUGCCCAAAACAGCUACCCAGGCGUCAAAGCUGAAGAAUGGGGAACAUUCCUGCACUGCAAGAACCAGAUCUUCGCAGAUUUUCAGGAAAUUCGUCAGGAAAUUGAAGCAGAGACUGAACGCAGCUCAGGGGACAAUAAGGGAAUUAGUCCUGAGCCAAUAUAUUUGAAGAUUUUCUCCCCCAAAGUCCUUAAUCUCACACUAGUUGACUUACCCGGAAUUACUAAGGUUCCUGUUGGAGACCAGCCAGAGGACAUUGAGGCUCAAGUGCAAGAGAUGAUCUUGUCCUUCAUCUCCAAUCCAAACUCCCUCAUCCUUGCAGUGUCCCCUGCCAACUCUGACUUGGCCACCUCUGAUGCACUGAAAUUGGCUCGUGAAGUUGAUCCAGAUGGUCGUCGAACACUACUGGUGAUCAGUAAGCUGGACCUGAUGGAUGCAGGGACUGAUGCACUGGAGGUCCUUCUGGGUCGAGUCAUUCCAGUCAGGCUCGGGAUUAUCGGGGUGGUUAACAGGAGCCAACAUGACAUCAAUACCCAAAAGAGCCUGGAGGACUCGAUGAGGGAUGAACAGGCCUUCCUGCAGCGCCACUACCCCUCUCUUGUGUCCCGCGCUGGCUCACGCUAUCUGGCCAAAACUCUCAGCAGACUGCUCAUGCACCACAUCCGAGACUGCCUGCCAGACCUCAAAACCCGAGUGACUGUUCUGAGUUCUCAGUACCAGGCACGGCUCAACAGCUACGGUCAGCCUGUAGAGGACCACAGCGCCACUCUGCUGCAGAUUGUCACCAAGUUUGCCAGUGAUUAUUGCAACACCAUCGAGGGCACAGCCAGGCACAUACAGACAUCAGAGCUCUGUGGAGGUGCUCGGAUCUGUUACAUAUUCCAUGAGACCUUUGGCCGCACUUUGCAGUCCAUCGAUCCCCUGGGAGGACUGACUGAUCUCGAUAUCCUCACUGCCAUCCGCAAUGCUACAGGUCCACGGCCAGCACUAUUUGUGCCCGAGGUAUCCUUUGAGCUGCUGGUGAAGCGGCAAAUUAAGCGCCUAGAGGAGCCCAGUAUGCGCUGUGUGGAGCUCGUUCACGAGGAGCUGCAGAGGAUCAUCCAGCACUGCUCCUCCUUCAGCACUCAGGAGCUUCUACGAUUUCCCAAACUGCACGAUUCGAUUGUGGAAGUAGUGACUGGAUUGUUGAGGAAGCGCUUGCCGAUUACUAAUGAAAUGGUACACAAUUUAGUAGCAAUAGAGCUUGCUUACAUCAACACAAAACAUCCAGACUUCACAGAUGCAGCGCAGGUCUCAGCAUCUGUCAACAGUCAGCAGGCAGAAGCCCUUGAUGGAGGAAAACGCUGGAAGAAUGAGAAGGUUGCGGAAGAAAAAGCCCCAGCCACAGGCUUUGGCAGCCCCAGCAAGGGCCAGGCCAUUAACCUCCUUGACACAGCGGUACCUGUAUCCCGCAAGCUGAGUGCAAGGGAGCAGAGGGACUGUGAGGUCAUCCAGCGUCUCAUCAAGUGCUACUUCCUCAUUGUCCGCAAAAGCAUCCAAGACAGUGUGCCCAAGACAGUGAUGCAUUUUCUGGUGAACUAUGUGAAAGAGCAUCUGCAGAGCGAGCUGGUCGGUCAGCUUUACAAACAGCCUCUGCUGCAGGAGUUGCUCAUUGAGUCACAGGACACGGCACAGCAGCGGACUGAGGUUGCUCAGAUGCUUGAGGCGCUGAAAAAAGCCAAUAACAUCAUCUCUGAGAUCCGAGAGACCCAUCUGUGGUAGCCAGAGGAAAGUUCUCUUGUCAAAGGACAGUUUGAGAGAAUGAGUGUAUGUGAGUUUACAGCAGACAAUGUGUGUGUGAGUGUCUGUGUGUUGAUGUGCGACAGUAUCACUGUUUUCUCAUGGACCAAUGACCAUAGCACAUUUAGUUCUACUUUUACCCGUCAGCUGUUCCCCUGAACAGCACACUGGGGCUGUUGCUUUUCACUGUGAACAAUGACAGAAAGACUAAUUAAAAACUCAGGCCAAAAGUGUUACUGCAAAGUUGGAAUGUGAAAGACACAGCCACGAACAAAAUCUUUUGUGAAAAAAGUCUUUGUGGGCUCAUGAGAUUUAUGUUGUAAAUGUGAAAUGUAUAUAAUGUGUAUUUAAGUUGUUCUCGGGGGUGUGUUUUUUUUUUCUUCAGACUGUACAGUUCCAUAGUUUCCAAAAAACUGGGCUUCCUCUGAGGCCUUUUAGUGGGUGCUAAAAGUAUAUUAGAUUAAAUAUUCCAUCUUGAAUCUCCUUUGUUGGAGAGCUCACCAGAGAUAGAAGUAGAGUGAAAUUUUAAUCUCAACACUGAAGACCCAGUGCAGUCAUUUUCUGAAAUUACAGGUUGACUGCAGAUUGUUUUUCCAGUUCUGUAGUGCUAAUCAAUAACAGGUUUGUUUUCCAGAGUCACAUUUACAUAUCAGCCCAUUUGUACUGUUUACUGCUGCGCUAACUUCCCAGUGUUGUGUGUAGUCAUUAAUAAGAAGACCAGACAUUCGCAACAUACAUUUCCUUCUGUUUAUGUGAGAUUUUUAGAGGACUCCCACACUGAGGUGAACAGCUAUAGUAUGUUGUGUGUAUGUACCAUACAAUUAGUGAAUUCUUAUUAUUGAAAUGUUUUUAAAAAUGUCAGGAGAUGGUAUUUUUGGGGUAAGGAAUUUAGAUUUUAGAUCCACAUAACAGAACAAAAAAACUCUACAGCUUCUUUUUACCAAUUAUGCACUUGACUCCUGAAACAUAAGCCUUCUCCAUAUUAUCGACCCUCUCCAACCAUACAGACAACCAGCUGCCAGGAAUGAGAGACUCACUAUGCAUGCCGAUAUCUCCUGCGUGGAGUUUUUUUGUAUUCCCAACUGAAAGAGUACUUCUUAAUUUAGCCAGAGCCAUUUGCCUCUGUGCCAGUCGUCAUUCCAUUAUGUAAUGUUGCUUGAUGUUUAUCCAUCUUUUCCCAUCUGCCGUUCCCACUUUCCGAGAGUCAGAUUCCCCCCCCAAACUGAAUCUCUUCCCAUAUUCAAAAAAUAUAAUGUUUAUCUUGCAAAUGAGGCUUUUUCAGGAAGACUUGCUUUAACAAGACUCUCACACGGUAGCUCUGACUUCUCCUGUCUUCAGUCAGUCUGUCUUUCUGAGAACGCUGCGUAAGGUUGCAUGUGUGAGUUCAGUGUGCAUGUGUGGAGGUAUGAAUGAAUGUAUAUUUUGUAUUAUUUAAAUGUAUAUUAUUAUCAUGUGUCAACUGCCUCUGAGUUCUUGCCUGCCAAUAUUUGUGAUACAUGUUUACUGAAUGAGGUCUGUUGAGUGUGGAGGGACUCAUUAAACCCUGACAAAAGACA